AUGAAUGCACCCGCAGAAUCUCUGCUCAAAUACGAUCGGCCCAUUUUAAUCCCCAGAAGUGCAGAUAAAAAAUCAACCAAGAGAAAUGCUAAAUUAAUCCAGAAACCGAAACCUGAACAGUCUGCGGAAUCCUCGCUACGUUCUCGGAAAUCCAUAACAUCCACUCUCGAGGAAAUCAAGCAGAAAAAUGAGAACAUUCUCAACGUCAUCUUUCCGCCCAGGAAAUGGGAGCAAGCCAACAAAGAGUGGGUGCAGAAGGUAUGCGGUGAAGCAUCCACCCGCUUGGAUGUGGUCAGCGUAGAGGAAGAACUGGACAAAAAGCUCCUGCAAACGCGUGCCAUGGAGACUGGAAUCUGCCCGUUGCGAAGGCAGUUAUAUACAGAAUGUUUUGAUGAGCUGAUCAGACAGGUGGUCCUCAAUUGUCCCGAGAGGGGUCUCUUGUUACUGCGGGUAAGAGACGAGAUCCGAAUGACCAUCGCCGCUUAUCAGACGUUCUACGAGAGCAGUAUGGUUUUCGGUGUGAGGAAAGCGCUGCAUGAUGAACAGGACAAAAUGGCGCUGAAGGACAAAAUUGCUGAUUUGGAGCAUUUAAAUGUGGAGCUGAGACAGAAAUUGGAUCGGCAGAAAAAGAAAUAUGAAGAAGUGGUCAAACUUGCGGUUGAAAAAAUGGAGGCGCAGGAAAAGAAGUGCACUGAGGAAAUUCUCAGCCUCAGGAAAAGCAACCAGCAGCUCAAGGUCCAACUAGAGGGGGCCUACACGACAAAGAAAUGA